GUCAGGCGCUGUCCGCGCCCCCGGUGCUGAAGCGACAUGGCCGGCGGCCGGGCCCCGGCAUAAGUCCUGAGCCCCGCGCUGCGCCCGCCGCGCUCUAGCCGCCUGGAGUCAUGUCUCUGCUGUGCGUGGGAGUCAAAAAAGCCAAGUUUGACGGUGCCCAAGAGAAGUUCAACACAUACGUGACGCUGAAGGUGCAGAACGUGAAGAGCACUACCAUAGCUGUACGCGGCAGCCAGCCCAGCUGGGAGCAGGACUUCAUGUUUGAGAUCAACCGCCUGGAUCUAGGCCUGACCGUGGAGGUGUGGAACAAGGGUCUCAUCUGGGACACGAUGGUGGGUACUGUGUGGAUCCCGCUGCGGACCAUCCGCCAGUCCAAUGAGGAGGGCCCAGGAGAGUGGCUCACACUGGACUCUCAGGCCAUCAUGGCGGACAGUGAGAUCUGUGGGACCAAGGACCCCACCUUCCAUCGCAUCCUCCUGGACGCUCAUUUUGAGCUGCCCUUGGACAUCCCUGAGGAGGAGGCACGCUACUGGGCCAAGAAGCUGGAGCAGCUGAAUGCCAUGCGUGACCAAGAUGAGUACUCCUUCCAGGACCAGCAGGACAAGCCGCUGCCAGUGCCCAGCAGCCAGUGCUGCAACUGGAAUUACUUUGGCUGGGGAGAACAGAAUGACGACCCCGACAGUGCGGUGGAUGACCGGGACAGUGACUAUAGGAGUGAGACCAGCAACAGCAUCCCACCGCCCUACUAUACGACUUCGCAGCCCAACGCCUCUGUGCACCAGUACUCCGUGCGGCCGCCCCCUCUGGGGUCCCGGGAGUCCUACAGUGACUCCAUGCACAGCUAUGAGGAGUUCUCUGAGCCGCGGGCGCUCAGCCCCACAGGCAGCAGCCGCUAUGCUUCUUCCGGGGAGCUGAGCCAGGGAAGCUCACAGCUGAGCGAGGACUUCGACCCAGAUGAGCACAGCCUGCAGGGCUCGGAGCUGGAUGAUGAGAGGGACCGCGAUUCUUAUCACUCCUGUCACAGCUCCGUGAGUUACCACAAGGACUCACCCCGCUGGGACCAGGACGAUGAGGAUUUGGAGGACCUGGAGGACCUGGAAGAUGAGGAGCUGCCAGAGGAAGAGGAGGAGGAGGAGUUGGAGGAGGAGGGAGAGGAGGAGUUGGAGGAAGAGGAUUUGGAGGAGGAGGAGGAGGUGCCUGAUGACCUGGCCAGCUACGCCCAGCAGGAGGACACCACUGUGGCUGAGCCCAAAGAGUUCAAGCGGAUCAGCUUCCCAACGGCUGCGCCUCAGAAGGAUGACAAGGUUUCAGCUGUGCCUACAGAGGUCCCCGAGGUGGCCAAAGGCAUCCCCAAAGCAGCCACACCUGAGGAGAAGGCAGCUGCAGAGCGUGCGCAGGAAGCCGAGCCCCCCAAGUCUGAGGAGAGUUUCAGAUCUCGAGAGGAGGAAGAGGGCCAGGAAGGGCAGGAUGCCAUGUCCAGGGCCAAAGCCAACUGGUUGCGAGCCUUCAACAAAGUGCGCAUGCAGCUGCAGGAGGCCCGAGGAGAAGGGGAGAUGUCCAAGUCUCUAUGGUUCAAAGGCGGUCCUGGUGGUGGCCUUAUCAUCAUUGACAGCAUGCCAGACAUCAGGAAACGGAAGCCCAUUCCCCUCGUGAGCGACCUGGCUAUGUCAUUGGUGCAGUCUCGGAAGGCGGGCAUCACCUCGGCCUUGGCCUCCAGCACGUUGAACAAUGAAGAGCUGAAAAAUCACGUUUACAAGAAGACCCUGCAAGCCUUAAUCUACCCCAUCUCCUGUACCACGCCGCACAAUUUUGAGGUGUGGACGGCCACCACGCCCACCUACUGCUAUGAGUGCGAGGGGCUGCUGUGGGGCAUCGCGCGGCAGGGCAUGCGAUGCACCGAGUGCGGCGUUAAGUGCCACGAGAAGUGCCAGGACCUGCUCAAUGCGGAUUGCCUGCAGCGGGCGGCUGAGAAGAGUUCCAAGCAUGGCGCUGAAGACCGCACGCAGAACAUUAUCAUGGUGCUGAAGGACCGCAUGAAGAUCCGAGAGCGCAACAAGCCUGAGAUCUUCGAGCUUAUCCAAGAGAUCUUCGCGGUCACCAAGAGCGCGCACACACAGCAGAUGAAGGCUGUCAAGCAGAGUGUGCUGGACGGCACAUCCAAGUGGUCUGCCAAAAUUAGCAUCACGGUGGUCUGUGCCCAGGGCUUGCAGGCCAAGGACAAGACAGGAUCCAGUGACCCUUAUGUCACCGUCCAGGUUGGGAAGACCAAGAAAAGGACAAAAACCAUCUACGGGAACCUCAACCCAGUGUGGGAAGAGAAUUUUCAUUUUGAAUGUCACAACUCCUCUGACCGGAUCAAAGUUCGUGUUUGGGAUGAAGAUGACGACAUAAAAUCCCGUGUGAAGCAAAGGUUUAAGAGGGAAUCUGAUGACUUCCUAGGGCAGACAAUCAUCGAGGUGCGGACGCUUAGCGGCGAGAUGGAUGUGUGGUACAAUCUGGACAAGAGAACAGACAAGUCGGCCGUGUCGGGGGCCAUUCGGCUUCACAUCAGUGUGGAGAUCAAAGGAGAAGAGAAGGUGGCCCCCUACCAUGUCCAGUACACCUGUCUGCAUGAGAACCUGUUCCACUUUGUGACGGACGUGCAGAACAAUGGUGUAGUGAAGAUUCCCGAUGCCAAGGGUGACGACGCCUGGAAGGUUUACUACGAUGAGACGGCCCAGGAGAUCGUGGAUGAGUUUGCCAUGCGCUAUGGCGUUGAGUCCAUCUACCAAGCCAUGACCCACUUUGCCUGCCUCUCCUCCAAGUAUAUGUGCCCUGGGGUACCCGCUGUCAUGAGCACCCUGCUUGCCAACAUCAACGCCUACUACGCACACACCACCGCCUCCACCAACGUGUCUGCCUCUGACCGCUUCGCUGCCUCCAAUUUCGGGAAAGAGCGCUUUGUGAAACUUCUGGAUCAGCUACACAAUUCCCUGCGGAUCGACCUGUCCAUGUACCGGAACAACUUCCCAGCCAGCAGCCCUGAGCGGUUGCAGGAUCUCAAGUCCACAGUGGACCUGCUCACCAGCAUCACCUUCUUCCGGAUGAAGGUUCAGGAACUGCAGAGCCCGCCGCGUGCCAGCCAAGUAGUGAAAGACUGUGUGAAGGCCUGCCUCAACUCCACCUAUGAGUACAUCUUCAACAACUGCCAUGAACUCUAUGGCCGGGAGUACCAAACGGAUCCGGCCAAGAAAGGGGAGGUUCCUCCAGAGGAGCAAGGCCCUAGCAUCAAGAACCUGGAUUUCUGGUCCAAGCUGAUCACCCUCAUCGUGUCUAUCAUCGAGGAAGAUAAGAAUUCUUACACACCCUGCCUCAAUCAGUUUCCCCAGGAGCUCAAUGUGGGGAAGAUCAGUGCUGAGGUGAUGUGGAGCCUAUUUGCCCAAGACAUGAAGUACGCCAUGGAGGAACAUGACAAACACCGGCUGUGUAAGAGCGCAGAUUACAUGAACCUGCACUUCAAGGUGAAGUGGCUGUACAAUGAGUACGUGGCCGAGCUGCCCACCUUCAAGGACCGUGUGCCUGAGUACCCUGCGUGGUUUGAGCCCUUCGUCAUCCAGUGGUUGGAUGAGAAUGAGGAGGUGUCCCGGGACUUCCUGCAUGGUGCCCUCGAGCGGGACAAGAAGGACGGGUUCCAGCAGACCUCAGAGCACGCCCUGUUCUCUUGCUCAGUGGUGGACGUCUUCUCCCAGCUUAACCAGAGUUUCGAGAUCAUCAAGAAGCUGGAGUGUCCUGACCCCCAGAUCGUGGGCCAUUACAUGCGGCGUUUUGCCAAGACCAUUAGCAAUGUGCUUCUCCAGUAUGCAGACAUCGUUUCCAAGGACUUCGCCUCCUACUGCUCCAAGGAGAAGGAGAAAGUGCCCUGCAUCCUCAUGAACAACACACAGCAGCUACGAGUGCAGCUGGAGAAGAUGUUUGAGGCGAUGGGUGGGAAGGAGCUGGACGCCGAGGCCAGUGGCACCCUGAAGGAUCUGCAGGUGAAACUCAACAAUGUCCUGGAUGAACUCAGCCAUGUGUUUGCCACCAGCUUCCAGCCACACAUUGAGGAAUGUGUCAGACAGAUGGGUGACAUCCUGAGCCAGGUGAAGGGCACAGGCAAUGUACCUGCCAGUGCCUGCAGCAGCGUGGCCCAGGAUGCAGAUAAUGUGCUGCAGCCCAUCAUGGAUCUUCUGGACAGCAACCUCACCCUGUUUGCCAAAAUCUGUGAGAAGACAGUUCUGAAGCGGGUGCUGAAGGAGCUCUGGAAGCUGGUGAUGAACACAAUGGAGAAGACCAUCGUCCUGCCGCCGCUCACUGACCAGACGAUGAUUGGCACCCUCUUGAGAAAACAUGGCAAGGGCCUAGAAAAGGGCAGGGUGAAACUGCCAAGCCACUCAGACGGGACACAAAUGAUCUUCAAUGCUGCCAAGGAGCUGGGCCAGCUGUCCAAACUUAAGGAUCACAUGGUGCGGGAAGAAGCCAAGAGCUUGACCCCGAAGCAGUGCGCUGUUGUUGAACUGGCCCUGGACACCAUCAAGCAAUACUUCCACGCGGGGGGCGUGGGCCUCAAGAAGACCUUCCUGGAGAAGAGCCCGGACCUCCAGUCCCUGCGCUACGCCCUGUCGCUCUACACGCAGGCCACCGACCUGCUCAUCAAAACCUUCGUGCAGACUCAGUCAGCGCAGGGCUCUGGUGUGGAGGACCCUGUAGGUGAAGUGUCCGUCCACGUGGAGCUGUUCACGCAUCCGGGAACUGGGGAACAGAAGGUCACAGUGAAGGUGGUGGCCGCCAAUGACCUCAAGUGGCAGACUUCUGGCAUCUUCCGCCCGUUCAUCGAGGUCAACAUCGUUGGACCUCAGCUUAGCGACAAGAAACGCAAGUUCGCCACCAAAUCCAAAAACAACAGCUGGGCGCCCAAGUAUAACGAGAGCUUCCAGUUUUCCCUGAGCGCCGACGCGGGCCCCGAGUGCUACGAGCUGCAGGUGUGCGUGAAGGACUACUGCUUCGCGCGCGAAGACCGCACGGUGGGGCUGGCGGUGCUGCAACUGCGAGAGCUGGCCCAGCGCGGGAGCGCCGCGUGCUGGCUUCCACUCGGCCGCCGCAUCCACAUGGACGACACGGGGCUCACAGUGCUGCGCAUCCUGUCGCAGCGCAGCAACGAUGAGGUGGCCAAGGAAUUCGUCAAGCUCAAGUCGGACACGCGCUCAGCCGAGGAGGGCGGUGCCGCGCCUGCGCCCUAGCGCGCGUUUCGGCGGCGGGGCGGGGCCUGGGAACGGAUGAGGCCCCGCCUUCCAUAGGCCACCGUCUCUCCAGAGGCCACGCCCCUGCACCUCAGUGGCCUUGGCUGGGGAGGCCCUGCCUCCUGCCCCUGGAAAAGCCAUAGAGGGUCCGGUGCCCAGGGCAUGGGCUGGGCAGGCCUGCCUGGGAGGCCGGGUCGUAGCCUCUGGUGUCUGUGCAAAAUACAGUGUGGGGUGGGCUCUCAAAAGCACACGCGCCCUCGGCGCACACCUGGGGCUGAGGGCGCCUCUCUCCGCGGACCCCGCCCUCAGCAGCGGGCCCAUUGGCAGCUGGCGACAUCCUGCUCGUGCCACACACGGUGGGCUGAGCUCCGACGAAAGGCUCAGCCCCCAUCGCUGCUAAGUACCCGAUUUAGAAUCUCCCCGAUUCUUCCCCGAGGGCCCCACAGGCCAGGCGCCCCCUCCCCCCAAUUGAACCGGUUGCCAAACAAGUUUCUGUCCUUGCCCUUCCUUCUGGGACUUUAGUCGGAACCGGCCUAGUCAAGAAGGGGGAGGGGGGUGGGGUUUUCCCAGAGCCAAGGGCCCCCAUCCCAUCUUUUCUCCAAAUCCAGUCAGGAAAUAAGAGAUCAGAAACUAGGAAGGAGGGAAAGAGCGAGAAUAUGAAUGUGUAUUUCUGAGUGUCCUGUGCUUGUGAUAAAGGGAUGACCCUUUUCUAAUUGGCUUUGAAACACAGCAUGUCCCCUGAAUGUCACGUGCAGUGACAGGGUAGAAUUCAGGCUCUUACAUAGGAUCCAGGUUUCAUCCAUGGACAGGGAGUUCAGAGGCUACAUUCCAUACAUUGAGGGGGGACUCGAUCCCGACCACACUGGAGCUCAGGAGCUCAGGAGGGAGUGAUUUACACUUUAGGGCAUCAAACAUGGCUAAAGGGGAAGUGGUCUAACCAGAGAUCAAUCAUAUAAAGUUUCUACAUUGCUGGCAAGAAUGUGGGGGUUUGUGUGACAGAGCCAAGAUAGUUAUGGUGACCUCUGCACGUGCGUACGUGCGUGCGUGCGUGUGUGUGUGUGUGUGUGUGUGUGUGUGUUUUCUAGCCCCAGAAUGUUGAAGGAAGUACAUGGGAGUGUUUGUCUAGGGAAUUGUUCUGACUCCCAGGCUAGGACUGUUUGAAAUUUCCUUUUAUUUACCCAGAGACCUCCUACUCAUCCCUCAGCACCCAUUACAACCCCGCCACACCCCCACUCCCGUACAAAAUCAUUACUCAAGGAAUUCCCCAGUAUUCUUUCCCUUUUCUGAUUUGGCCCUGAUGUCAUGAGACUGAGGUGUCUUUGCCUGGCUCUGGCUAAAUUCCAGGCUGAGGCUUCAAGGGAGCCCUAAGCUUCCCCAGAAUAAGCAGGUCACAGUCAUUGAAGGAAGGUCGUGCUGACUUGAAUUGUAUUGAGAGUGGCUGAGGGUCUGCAUAUGACCCCAAUUCACAUGCAUGGUUUUCAUUACAGUUUCCCCUGACUUGACAGAUACCCCUAUGUGGGAGGUGUCCAAGCUGAGCCCAGGACACAAUAGAUGGAAGUAGAGCAGAGGGCUGAGCUCUGAUCUCAGGACAGCCCCAGAUAUAGCAAUGUCCUGAAAGGAAGUUAUUCCAGGGCCUGGCUGGUUGGGUUCUUACCACCUCCCCUGGUGGCCCCUUGCUGCUGGAGUCCUACAUUAAAAUAUACUGGGGUGCAGCUCCAGAAUCCACAGGUCAGGGACGGUUAGAGACUGGUUAGCCUGGCCUUCAGAAGGCAGGAAGAAGCCACAGCCCCACCCACAGGAGAGGCAGAUGCCAAGGGGUGAGGGAGGCUGCAGUGUGGGCAGAAGAGGGAGGAGGAAGAGCAAGUGGAAGGGGCUGGGGUCCAGGCUUAUCUAUACCCUACCUAGACUUCCUCAGUCAGGGGGCUAGGGCAGAGCUCAGCACCUGCCAAUCAUGCAUCGUCCUAGGUUUCUUUCCCAACGUUGAAAAAUUAAAAAGGCCCUGCAGUCAGCUCACCAUGUCUGGGCAAGUCAGCACUUGAAGGUUCGCCCUCUGCACUCCAGUCUGUUUCAGGCCCCAGGGCCUGUCACCUCACCUGCCCCAUCAGACAUGCAAAAAAUCAAGUGCACCCAGAACUCCUGGGGACCUCUCUCAGCCUGGACCGCAGACCUCUCAGGUCCCAAGGGCAGCCCUGCUGGGGGUGGGACAAGGUGCAGGGUCGGCUUGAUUCUGCCCACUCCACCCAUCUACCCCAGCAUCUUUCAGGACCAAAGCUGGCUCUGUGGACCCACCUCCCUCUCCUCUUUACAUCUUAUUGUUUUAAAAAUCGAAUUUGGCUGAGCUGUUGGAUCCGGGUGACACAGGUGACAAGCAAGAGUCCCCUGCACCCCAGAAGGUUCCUGACCCAAGCCCCUGCCGUGCAGCCCAGGGAGCCCCUCUGACUCGCCUUUCUUAGCAUGUGACUGCAAAGGUAGAAUCCCAGUAUCGUGCUUUUGGUUUUUCGGGUUUGUUUUUGUUUUUUGGAGGGAUUUUUAGGUCCACCCCGUUAGUCCAGCAUCUUUCAAGAUGCCCUCAAUUCUCAGUCAACACGUGACUUGGGACGCAUACCCGGGGAGUGUUCAUGAGUGCAUGGAGUUGAGAUGUUUUGCACUAUUUUGAAUUUUUGGUCUCUGUAAAAAAUAUUUUAUUAACAUUAAAAAAAAAAAGAAAAAGAAAACAAAAAACAAACAAACAAAAACCACAGAAUCCCUGAAA